UAAGCUUUAUUAAAUUGCAAUAUUGUAUGCUGCGUAUGUUUAUUGUUUACGUUACGUUUAAUUGCACCUUUAUGUAGCGGUUAUCUUCGUCGAAGUUGUAGGGUUUUUUUUAAAGCUAAAGCAAUAUUUUUCAUAAUACUGUCUUGGGUUCUUUAGAUAGCAAAAAGUUAACUUUUCUACUUAUGCAAGCUUUUUGUUAUAUCGUGUUAUUUAUGUAAUAAACUUGUUUUUACGAAACAGUUAUAUAAUAUUUAACACGCAUUGUUAGCUCUGAUUUUUUUUCUGAGUGUGCCUGAACGCAUCACAGAUCCAAGUUAACCAACACAUUCUUCCCCCUGAUUUCCAAACCUUUCAGAGCUCCUGCAGCCUCAGGCUCCCCCUCUGAACGGCUUUGAGCUCCAGCAGCACCAUGGCCCAGCACUUUCACCUGAAUACACCUCUGCUGGAGAGUGUCAGCAUGUCCAAACGAGCAGGAACCACCGUCUACUUGAAGAUGGAGAGUUCCCAGCCCUCUGGUUCUUUUAAGAUCCGGGGAAUCGGACACCUGUGCCAGCAGCUCUCCAGACAAUCUACAGGAGUCGUCUGCUCGUCGGGUGGGAAUGCAGGUAUGGCUGCAGCCUACGCAGCCAGGAAACUUGGCGUGCCCGCCACCAUCGUAGUUCCUGCCUCCACUCCACAGCUGGUGGUGGAGAGACUCAAGGAUGAGGGCGCCACUGUCCGGAUUGCAGGGAAGGUUUGGGAUGAAGCCAACGCAGAGGCUCUCAGACUGGCAGAAACCGAAAGGCUGACGGUCAUUCCUCCUUUUGAUCAUCCUUUACUUUGGGAAGGCCACGCCAGCAUGAUUGCAGAGAUCGCAGCCUCUCUGGGUCCUGGAGUGAAGCCUGGGGCUGUGCUGCUCUCUGUGGGUGGAGGAGGCCUCUUCUGUGGGGUUGUCCAGGGCCUGAAGGAUGCGGGCUGGAAGGACGUGCCCAUCAUCGCCAUGGAGACAGUGGGGGCUGACUGUUUCAAUGCUGCCAUUAGAGCAGGGAAGCUAGUCACUUUAGAUGACAUCACCAGCGAAGCGAAAUGUCUCGGAGCAAAGACGGUCUGCAAACAAGCCUUUGAUUAUAGCCAGUGUGGCGAGAUGACCAUCAUCUCAGAGGUGGUGACGGACCAGCAGGCUCUGCAGGCCGUCCUCAACUUCCUGGAUGAGGAGCGUGUGCUGGUGGAGAUGGCGUGUGGAGCUGCGCUCGCCGCUGUUUACGGCGGCCUCAUAGGCAGAUUGCAGACUGAGGGGCGCCUUCCUGCUCCUUUGGGCCCCCUGGUGGUAAUAGUGUGCGGUGGCAGCGGCGUCAACACGGAGCAGCUGACGGCACUGAAGCAAAAACUACUUGCUUAAAGCAGAAACAUUCAAACUUUUUUUAAGAAACCCACGUUUUAGCCAUCUGUGUUCACAGCAGGUGGUUGUAAUGUAUGGAAUCUAACAAUCUGCUCCACCCACAUCAAGAUCAAGUUUAUUUUUUGUCAAAAGCCCUUUAGGAUGAUGGUCUUCCUGAAUAAUUAUGACAGCUUUCUUACAAAAUGGAGCAACUCUAAUAAAAAAGUAACUUCCUAGUUUGAAAUAUGUAGUAUAAAUAAGACAUUUCUUUUUAUUAUAGAUUCAGUUAGCACCCACGGUUCUCAGCACAGAAAAGUAUGAAAUGCAAUUAAUACAUUUUUGGGGAGGAAAUCCCCUUAAAAUUCUAAAUUUAUGUUAAAGGGUAAAGAUAUUUGCAGUUGUUUAAAUGAAAGCAUAAACACAGUUCAAAAUGUGAAAUGUGUCCGUUGAAAUAAAUAUCUUUAAGAAGAAA